CGAGCAGAGAUUCAGCAGAAUCAUGGAUUGAAUCACUUCUAGAAAGAAUUAUCUCCUAAGAUACCUCUCCUCUUCAGCGCUCCUGUCGGUUCGCUCGCUGAGCCAUGCCGUCGAACCCAGGGCGCACGAUCGCGGCCGAGUGCUUCCAGGUCGCCAGUGCCUUCGACCAGCUGCUCUCAAGGCUUGCGGAUCCUCCUAGCGACUCUUUUGAGCUCUCCUUGUUAACGGUCCGGGACGAAAAAGGCCGCUUCCAUGUUUGGGCCGGGAACAUUGGGGCGCUGCAGAGUCCUGCUUCCGUCGCAUCUCUCGACUCACGGCUCCGCGAUGCCCCCCAAAUACGUGACCAGAUCCUCCGGAUCUUAGCACGGCUGAUUCAAUCCAUCCAAAAAACGGCAUCCAUUGCUUCUGGCGAGUCGCCAAACAGAGUCGACGUCUUGGACAUUGAUGAGCUACAAAUAUCCGACAGUGACGAAGACGAUCUAUCUCCCGUGUCUGAUGACGACAUGUCGUUGCUGCCGACAGCCCCACAGAUAUCGGAGAUCGCACAGCUUCGAAAAGCAAUCAACGACACUAUAACCAACCUUUUCAAGCUAUCCAUGGCGAUCAGAAAACCCACUCCCCGUGGGAGGUACGCCGCUUCCAAAAGCCUGCGGCCUUUCGAUGCUUUGUAUGACGUCGCUCAUGUGCAGCACAAGUUUCCACUCAUAUCCGACCAACCAUGGUUGGUUGAACGACUGGGGAAAGCUAUCACGCGUCGUCGAGAAUACUUCCGAUAUCGCAGAGAACAUAGAGCAAAACUUGAGCGCCAGGUAUCUCGGGCAGAAGAAGAAACGCAAGAAGAAGCAAGAUCAACCGGACAUUCCGUCAGGCAGGAACUCACAACAACGCGCAGCCAGGCCGAGCAGCAUGGCGAGGGAGCGCCAACAGUCGCACACACAAAGGCCACCACAUUUCUUGCUAGCCCGCUCUCGGAAAAACUGCUACGAGAGCAGGAGGAAGCCGCGUCUCUAACUUCCUACGCGACUUCAGUUGAGGAGAACUCGCCACAUGCCCUAGGAGUGCCGGAACCACCACAAUCCACCAGAGGCGUGCCUUUCGAAUAUGGUGCUCCGUUCGAAUGCCCGUACUGCUUUACCAUUCAAAUGGUGAGGGGUAUGCGCGAGUGGAAGAGGCACGUGUUUCGAGACCUUCAGCCGUACAUGUGCACAUUCAAAGACUGCGGCUCACAGUUAUUCGCCGAGCGACACGCAUGGUUCCAGCAUGAGCUGUUUGCGCAUAGGAAAGAGUGGCGCUGUAAUUUAUGUCGACACAAACCGUUUGACACGGCGAGAGGCUUAGAGGAACAUUUCCGAAACCGACAUGCGGGAAGUUUCGCCGAAGCACAGCUUUUCGGCGUGGUCCAGCUAUGUGAGACUACUCAUGAUCGAUUCCCAGCGUCUGCAUGCCCUUUCUGUGAUGACUGGAAGCUGCAUUCACUCCCGGGAGUUCCGACAGAUACCACAGUUUACGCCACUGUUGCUCAGUUCCGACGGCACUUGGGAAAGCAUUUAGAGCAACUGGCGCUUUUUGCCUUGCCGAAAGCUUCAAACGAUAACGCCAGCGACGACGACGCCGAUUCCAACGACGCUAUUGCCGAUAAGGACGCUACUACUUUAUCCAGCCUCCCAGACUGGAUAGAAACUGAUCAAGCGCAUGCUGCUGCUCCAACGCUCCAGCCGCAGCCCGAGUCCACACAUAGCUCUACCGAGAGUAUUGGGGCCAUGUCUGACAAAGAGAGACAAUUCGAAUUUGUCAAGCAGUUCAAGGCCAAUUCCCAAGCCGAAAAGCAGAAAGAUCAGCCCGAUAAGGCUACGAACGAGGCUCGCGCCAAAGCCUUUGACGAGGCUAUGCUGGCGUGGAUUCCUACUUCUUCAAUGGAUGCACGGAAACCAUUCGGCGAGCCGGAAUUCAAGGGCAUAUCAACUGUCCUGCGUCAGUUCGGUAGAGACUCCUGGAGCCAUAAUCCAAAAAUCUACGCGCUUCUCCACAUCAUCAAUGAAGUGCGAGCCAUGGAGGAUUUCUUAUCCCAAGGAUAUAGCGAUGCGUGGUUGCCAUUCAGCCAUAGAAACUUAGAAACGCUACGCCCUCGAGCCAUGAAAGACUUUCUUGAUGCGCAGCAUCUGGUGCUGAACCCGAAUUCCUGUUCUGAGGAGCUCGGGGAACACUGCUCAUUUUCCAGUCCGGACGUUGUCCCCUUUCAAGAGAUUGCUCUGCUUGGUGUCGGCGGCUUUGCUGAAGUCGACAAAGUUUUUAGUUCUAUUAGCCUGAAGCAAUACGCCAGAAAGCGAAUGAGGAGGGGAUUGGGGGGCAUGAUGGAGAGGGUGCACCUGGAGGUCUUUGAGCGAGAGCUUUCAACAUUGAGGAAAUUAUCUCAUAGACACAUUGUCAAGGCCAUAAGCUCCUACACCGAUUCAAGCUAUGUUGCAAUAAUUAUGUCGCCUGUUACGGACUGUACCUUGGCGGAUUUUCUGCUCAGCAACCACUCACCAGGUGAUCGAGCCUUCCUUCAGACCUUGUUCGGCUGCCUCACAUCUACGGUGGCGUAUCUACACGAAAGUCACAUUCGUCACAACGGCAUCAAACCUUCGAAUAUACUUAUCAAGUCGCGUCAAGUUUUCCUGACAGACUUUGGCGAAUCUUACGAUUGGUCGAAUAUGGGCGAUGACACCACCCAUGUACCCAUCGCUAGGACACUGCGCUAUUGCGCGCCUGAGGUCGCGGAAAGUCAAGCAAUUGAUUCUUCAGCCGACAUCUGGUCGCUUGGAUGCGUUUUCCUGGAGGUUUGGACUGCGUUGAUAGGGAAAAGCGUAUACGACCUGCAUGCACACUUGGACUCCUCCGGCUCUGGCUCCAGAGACUACCAUAGCAACUACGAAGCCAUCUUUCCCUGGUGCGACCUGUUAAUGUCGAGCAGCGACAGUUCACGCUGGCGUGAGCUACAUUCGUGGAUAAUGUCCAUGCUCGAGCAUAAGCCGGGGGAUCGCUGGACAGCGCGCGCUUUGUUGGACCGUAUCCAGGAAACCAGCACAGAUCCACAGACCGAUGUGGAAUUUAUGGGGCACUGCUGCAUAGAGGCAGCAGAAUACUCAGGCGAAGAGUCGUCAGACUUUAAGCAUGAUGUCACUAAGGCGAGUUCUUCGCCCUACCAGAGACCGUCCAUGGAUCCGCCAAGAGCCAGCCAGAAGAUGCCAGAGCAUCUAGCGAGCCUAUCGACUCGACCCGAUACUCAAGUGCAAGAGCGGGGAGGUGCGGAAGCUGGGAAUUCUAGAGCCUGUGAAUCUUUGCGCUGCAAACACCUGGACCUGCGGAUAUGGUACUGCUCCCACUGCGCGAUGUACUUAUGCGAUGACUGCUGGGGACAGCUACCGAUACACGAACCGGGGCGCGUUGACCUAAACGGCGAACCACACCAAAAGGUAGACCCGGACGGUCUUGUGGAUAGGUCGGGAAAUACAUCAGGAGAGGCGGAUGCAGAACUACCCGAAUCCAGCACCGGUGUUGCCCAUCGCUCGGAUGCAGCAAGUGCCUCUCCCGAGAAGCUCCUCAGUAGCGGAGCAACUGCAGACGUCCCGGAUACCUCUGACAUACCCAGGCGGGGAAGAAUGGUGUACAGUUUUGGGGCGGAUUCCGCGGAUGAGCUCACAGUCAGUGCUGGCGAUGAGGUUCUGGUACUGGGUGAUGUCGCUCGUGGCGACUGGUGGAAGAAGGUUCGAAGCUCGAGCGGGGCUGAAGGCCUAGUGCCGGCCGCCUACGUUGCGAUGAGAAAGAGGGGUAUUAUCCUGCACGAUUAUGUUGGGAGGAGUUCCGGCGAGGUCACGGUCUCUCGCGGCGACGAGGUUCUGAUCCUCAACGAUACGGCUAGUGAUCAGUGGUGGAAGGUCAGAGUUGUGAAGGAUGGUACUGAGGGCAUGGUGCCGGCUGGCUACGUUGAAGUCGAGUGAUGAAGUAGCUUGGACUUUGGAAUUGACUGAGUGCUUUUCGAUAAAAAAGGGUGGAUGAGUGGGUGUGUUGCUAGAGAUUGACUUUCCAUUCAUCUGGCAGCAUCAAAGAAA